AUGUCAGGUUCCCGGGUCGAUAUCGAGUCCAUCGACACUUUGCUAGAAAAUAUUCAGCAAUCUAUCAGCACCCUGAAGACACGGCAGACUGAGAAGGACCGUUUAGCUGCCCUUAAGGCUACGCAAAGCCUAGUGUCGGCUCUCCACCCGCCAAAGGACAAUGUGUACCAUCUGCUUUACUCGCCAACCCAGGCGAUGUGCGUGCGCAUGGGCAUCGACCUAGAGAUCUUUACGACUCUCAGCAAGGCGGCAGAGCCUGUUACUCUUGCAGAACUAGCAGCUGUCAAGGGCGCCGAUAUUAGGAUCGCCGAGCGCGUGCUCCGCAUUCUCGCAGGAAUCAACUACGUAAAGGAACAUGACGUCCACGUCUACACAGCAACAUCCCUAACACACCAAAUGACCGACCGCUACAGCAUCGCGAUGGUCAAAUUCAUCUGGGACUUUGGCCUCUCAAGCGUCGCCAAAAUUCCUGAAUUCCUACACAAAAACUCCUACCAGACAGUCGAAGGACCCACCUCCGGCCCCUGGAACUACGCAAACCCCAUCGACGAAAUCAUCUGGUCAUGGGUUGCGAAAGACCCCGAGCGACUCGACAUCACAAACUCGUUUAUGGAGGGGGAUCGUGGAAGUCGGCCGGGCUGGGUCGAGUGGUUCCCCGUCGAGGAGCAGGUUAUUAAGGGAUACAAGGGCGGCGAUGAGGAUGUCUUCCUUGUUGAUGUUGCGGGUGGCAGGGGGCAUGAUAUCAAGGCGUUUAGGGAGAGGUUUCCGGAUGCGCGAGGGAGAUUUAUUCUGGAGGAUUUGCCGCAUGUCAUUGAGCAGGCUCUCCCUGGGUUAGAGGCUGAGAAGCUGGAGUUUGAUUUGUUCAAGGAGCAGCCAAUCAAGGGCGCAUACAUCUAUUUCAUGAAAUUCGUCCUUCACGACUGGUCCGACGCCCAAUCGCUCCAAAUCCUGCGCCACAUCCGCGACGCCAUGACACCGGGCUACUCGAAGCUGAUUAUCGAAGAGUUUAUCCUCCCCGAGAAGGACUGUCCCUUGUUACCCGCCAUGUGGGACUGGGAGAUGAUGGUCUUCCUGAAUGGCUUUGAGCGCUCGGAGGGGCGGUGGAAGAAGUUGCUGGAUGAGGCCGGGUUCACGGUGGUGUUUUGGGCGCCGCCUGGGGAUGGCCAAGGGAUUAUCGAGGCUGAGGUCAAGUUGCCUAACUAG